GGACAGGGCAACCCCCCUCCAUUUCUUACUUACUUAAAAUUACCCCAAAAAGCUCCCUCAUUUUCCACCCCCCUGCAAUUUCCCCAAUACCCACCAAUCCAUAUUAUUGAAUACAUUGGUGAUGAUGGAGGCUGCAGGUCGUCGUGGUACAAAGUACAGAAGCCAGCAGGUGGCGCCAGUUUUGUCCUCCUCCUCCUCCACCUCCCUCAUUGUCAUUACCAUCUUCUUCUUCUCCUCUCUGUUUCUCGCCACAGCCGAGUCCUCGUCACCACACCACAGCAGCAUCAGCGACAACAACAACCACCUCGACGAUGUUCGGUACAAUGUGACGAGACUGAAAGGGAGGAAGCAGACCAGCGGCGGCUGCAAUUUGUUCCAGGGGAGAUGGGUCGCCGACAGCUCCUACCCUCUCUACGACUCGGCGGCCUGCCCUUUCGUGGACGACGAGUUCGAUUGCCAGAAGUUCGGCCGCCCUGAUACCCAGUACCUCAAGUACUCUUGGCAGCCCGACUCCUGUAACUUGCCCAGGUUCGAUGGCGGGGAUUUCCUGGAGAGGUGGAGGGGGAAGAAGCUGAUGUUCGUGGGUGACUCGCUGAGCCUCAACAUGUGGGAAUCGCUGUCUUGCAUGAUUCAUGCCUCGCUGCCUAAUGCGAGGACCAAAUACGCAAGAAGUUGGCCGUGUCAAUCCAUGUGCUUGCAGGAUUACGGGGUGACACUGUACAUGUACCGAACGCCGUACUUGGUAGACAUAAUCCAAGAAAACGUUGGAAGGGUUCUGACUUUGGAUUCCAUUAGAGCUGGGAAUGCAUGGAAAGGGAUGGACGUGCUCGUCUUCAACUCCUGGCAUUGGUGGACUCACACCGGCGCCAAAUCUCAAGGGUGGGACUACAUCAGAGACGGAUCCUCGCUAUCCAAAGACAUGAACAGGCUAGAAGCAUUCAACAAAGGUUUGAAUACAUGGGCGAGAUGGGUGGACAACAAUGUCGACCCUGCCAAGACCAAGGUCUUCUUCCAAGGGAUCUCCCCCACCCAUUAUCAGUAAGCUUAUAUUCAUUCCUAGCAGUGCCUCUAUCUUUCGGCUUCUGCGUUUCAAGUUAGGAGGGGACUUACUUGCUGAUGAUGUCUUGUGAAAUCCAGAGGCCAGGAGUGGAAUCAACCAAAGAGGACUUGUAGUGGAGAAGCAGAGCCCUUAUCCGGGUCAAUUUAUCCCGCCGGUUCACCUCCAGCUGCUGCAAUUGUGAACAAAGUGUUGAUGACAAUGAAGAAACAAGUGUAUCUACUAGACAUAACGACUUUGUCGCAGUUGAGGAAAGAUGCUCACCCUGCUGCUUAUGGCGGUGGUGGAGGCACAGAUUGCAGCCACUGGUGCUUGCCUGGACUGCCUGAUACCUGGAACCAGCUCCUUUAUGCAGCUCUCAUCAUGUGAUCAUAAACACAACAAUAGAACUUAGGCUUCUCCUAAUAGUUUUUGGUUUGCCUUCAUCAUUCAUCUCUCCACCGUCGCAUAUCCCUCGUACUAAGCAUACGGGGUUGCGUCAAUAAGGAGUAUAGUUUGAUUUGCAAAGUGAUUGGUUUCCUAAAGACAAUAAUUUGUCAAUAGAUAGGUAAUGAUUGAAAAGUGCUGAUAACAUCUGUAAUCACAUAAGUGAUAAUGGUUAGAAGUGAGAAUUGAAAGUAUGUAAAAGAUGAUGUUUGGUUGUAAUGUGUCAUAUACCUUGCCUGAAGGCCACAGGGAGACUGCAGUAAGAUCUAAUAAGUUUGUCCCAAAGUGUUAUAUAAUAGCAAUGCAUUCUCAAUAACAUUCUUCUCAGCUAUCAAUUCGUCAAAUUGACUACCAUUAGUAGAUAAUAGAAGG